GGAGGCAGAUUCUGCAGCCCUGUGGAUCCACAUCCCUGCUUGGGCCGGGACUGGAGGCAGCAGCCCCUGUGGAGCUUGGAACGCGCCCUGGGGAUGAAGCCACAAAGACAGGCGCUAUCACAGACGCCCUGUUUCCCAUUAACUUCCUCUUGGAGCGGGGUGGGGGCGUGAGGAGCUUGUCCCAGAUGCUGCGAAGCUGCAGUGACCUUUGUGAGCCUCCCAGCCAUUUAAUACUUCACCCAUUAACCCAGAGCUGACAGCCCCUUGGGAGCCGGAUAAAAGGCUGCGGUGAGCCUGGCACUGCUACUUGCCCUGCGUCUCCCUCGCCAGCAGCGCACCAUGGCAGCCGGCUUCUUCAUCAGCAAGACCCUGGGCAUCGUGGGCAUGAUCCUGGGCCUGGGCGCCGUGGCCACCAUCAUCGCCCUCUCAGUCGUGUACUCGCAGGAGAAGGAAAAAAAUGCAGAGACUUUGCUGCCCAGCAUCUCUUCCACCCCGGCCAACGUGACCAGCACACCCCCCCUGGCCACCACGGCCGCCCCCGCCAAUCCCUGGAACAACUUCAGACUCCCCCAGUCCCUGAUCCCGGAGCACUACGCCGUGACCCUGCAGCCCUUCCUGACCCCGGACGCCUCCGGCCUCUACAUCUUCAAAGGAAACAGCACUGUGAGCUUCUCCUGCCAGAGUGCCACCGACCUCAUUCUGCUCCACAGCAAGCAGCUCAACUACACAGAGCAGAACGGCUUCCUGGUCUCGCUGCAGGGGGUGAGUGGCUCCAGCCCCCCGCCCAUCACAAAGACCUGGCUGGAGACCCAGACCCAGUACCUGGUGGUGCAGCUCCAGGGGCAGCUGGAGAAAGGCAAGAGCUACGAGCUAGUCAGCAGCUUCACGGGGGAGCUGGCUGAUGACCUGGCUGGCUUCUACCGCAGCGAGUAUGUGGAGGAUGGAGUGACCAGGGUCGUGGCCACCACGCAGAUGCAGGCUCCCGACGCGCGGAAAGCCUUCCCCUGCUUCGACGAGCCCGCCAUGAAGGCCAACUUCACGGUCACGCUGAUUCACAGCCCCAGCCACACGGCGCUGUCCAACAUGCCUGUGCAGAGCUCCGUGCAGCAGACCAUCGAUGGCACCACCUGGAACAUCACUAAAUUCGAGACCACCCCCAAGAUGUCCACAUACCUGCUGGCCUUCAUCGUCAGCCAGUUUGAGGCAGUGGAGGCCAUGCAGGACAAAGUGCUGAUCCGGAUCUGGGGCCGGCCAAAGGCCAUCGCAGACGGGCAAGGGGACUAUGCACUCAACGUGACCGGGCCCAUCCUCAAGUUCUUUGAAAACCAUUACAACACGUCAUACCCACUGCCCAAGUCUGACCAGGUUGCCCUUCCAGACUUCAACGCAGGUGCCAUGGAGAACUGGGGGCUGGUGACGUACCGGGAGAACUCGCUGCUCUACGACCCUCUCUUCUCCUCCAUCGGCAACAAGGAGAGAGUGGUGACGGUGAUCGCUCAUGAGCUUGCCCACCAGUGGUUCGGGAACCUGGUGACCCUGCGCUGGUGGAACGACCUGUGGCUGAACGAGGGCUUUGCCUCCUACGUGGAGUACCUGGGGGCGGACUCAGCUGAGCCUUCCUGGAACAUUAAAGACCUGAUAGUGCAGAGUGAGAUGUACCGUGUGAUGAAGGUCGACGCGCUGGCCUCCUCGCACCCGCUCUCCUUCCUGGAGAACGAGAUCAACACACCGGCGCAGAUCAGCGAGGUCUUCGAUGCCAUCGCCUACAGCAAGGGGGCGUCGGUGCUGCGGAUGCUCUCGGAGUUCCUCACCGAGGACAGCUUCAAGAAGGGGCUGCAGUCCUACCUCCAAGCCUUCAGCUACGGAAACACGGUCUACGACGAUCUGUGGACUCAUUUGCAAAAGGUGGUGGAUGAAGAAAAAAUUCAGCUCCCCACCACCAUCAAAGGCGUCAUGGAUCGCUGGACACUGCAGAUGGGCUUCCCCGUGGUGACUGUGGACACGAAAGCUGGCUCCAUUAGCCAGAGACACUUCUUACUGGACACCGAAUCCAUUGUCGAGCGGCCCUCGGCGUUCAACUACACCUGGAUAGUCCCUGUCACUUGGAUGAAGCAGCAGGAUGGGGCAGAACAGAUGUACUGGCUCACCGAGACCUCAGCCAUCAACUCAUCGUUUGUGGUGACUGGUGCCUCCAACUGGCUCCUGCUCAACAUCAACGUGACGGGGUAUUUCCGGGUGAACUACGACCAGGACAACUGGAACAAGCUGCUGACCGAGCUGGGCACCAAUCACGAGGCCAUCCCGGUGAUAAACCGAGCCCAGAUCAUUGACGAUGCCUUUAACCUGGCCAGGGCUAAACACAUCAGCAUCACGCUGGCUCUGAAUACCACCACCUACCUGGACAAGGAGCGGGAGUACCUGCCCUGGAGCGCCGCCCUCGACAACCUGGGCUACUUCCGCCUGAUGUUUGACCGCAGUGAGGUGUACGGCCCCAUGCAGAAAUACAUCCGGAAUCAGGUGACCCCCUUGUUCCAGUACUUUGGAAACAUGACCUCCAACUGGACCAGGCUCCCGGACGGCUUGAUGGAGCAGUACAACGAGAUCAACGCCAUCAGCACGGCCUGUUCCCAAGGCGUCCCUGAGUGCACGCAGCUGGCGGCCGCCUUCUUCAACCAGUGGAAGCAAAACCCCAGCAACAACCCGAUCCCCCCGAACCUGCGCUCCUCCAUCUACUGCAGCGCCAUAGAGACGGGCAGCGAGGCGGACUGGGACUUCCUCUGGCAGAUGUUUAAAAACGCCACGGUGGUGGCCGAAGCCGACAAGCUCCGCUCGGCCCUGGCCUGCAGCAAGGAGCCUUGGAUCUUGAAAAGGUAUCUGCAGUACUGCCUGGAUCCCAGCAAAAUCCGGAAGCAGGACGCCACCUCCACCAUCAACAGCAUCGCCAGUAACGUGGUGGGGCAGAGCCUGGCCUGGGACUUCAUCCGGGGCAACUGGAAGACCCUUUUCAGCCAGUACGGCGGGGGCUCCUUCUCCUUCUCGGGCCUGAUCCAGGUGGUGACGCAGCGGUUUGCCUCUGAGUUCGAGCUGCAGCAGCUGGAGCAGUUCAAGGCAGACAACGCCGACGUGGGCUUUGGCUCGGGCACGCGGGCGCUGGAGCAGGCGCUGGAGAAGACCAAAGCUAAUAUCAAAUGGGUGGCAGAGAACAAGCAGACGGUGCUGACGUGGUUUGAGACGGCAAGCAGCUGAGAGGGUGAACUCAGUAACGCCAACCCCUCCCACGUCUGCCUCCUCCCGCUGCCCGGGGGGCUGUGCCCCAGUUCCUGAGCCCCACACCCUGGGCAUGCGGCCUCCUGAACUCUCCUGUCAUUGGGCCCAUGUCCCCGCCCCAGAGAGCCCCACAUCCCCCGCCCCCCCCACCACAUUCUGCCUCCACUCCCAGAACACCCUGCACUGCCUGGGGCUCAGCCUGGCCGUGCUCCCACAAUGCUUUGCACACGGGCCCCAUUGACAGGGCCUCGCCACAGCCCUUGUUGCAGUGACUGUCCCAGGGAAGCCCAGGUGCCCGUGGGGUGGUCAUGGGCAGACAGGAGGGUGAGGGCAGGGGGGCUGCUGACUGGGGAGCCCCCCAGCCCUGCCGCGGGCCAGGACAUGUGUCUGCUGUAUAGUCCUUCUCAGCCCCAGACAUUGUAAAUAAAGGCUUAAUGUUAAAUGGUAAAGCCAUGGGGCUGGGGCUCGGCCCAGCGCCUCCUGCACUCCCACAGCUCGCUCCCACGCUCAGCCUGGGCAAGUGCCCGGGCCGUUCCCUUUGCCACCGGCAUGGUCACGGUGGGGGAGAACGGGGGGCAGGAUGUGAGCAGGGGGCAGGGUGGCUCCGGGGACCAGGGAGUGGACAUGCUGGGAGAACAGGAAACGAGCCCCUCCCCACAGCCGGGGUGUCAGGCAGAGGGGCCAGCCCCUGCCUCAGGUGAGCUCUGCCCAGCCCGUUGAGGCUGUUAGGAGCCGGGGCGAAGUGGUGGCGUAGGCCUGGCGGGGGCUGUCUGAGGGUACAUGUCAGCGAUCCCCAGGGGUAGUGCCGGUCCCAGCUCUGCUCCCAGACAGGGUCGGGAGGGCCGGCAGUGGGAGUCGGGCAGGCUGGCGCGGAGCGGGUGCCGGGGUGGGGGGGAGGACCAGCCCCACUAAGGCACAGGAGCAGUGGGCCCUGGGGGCAGGGGGCACAGGCCCCAUCACAGAGGCUAGAGGAGAGUUCCCUCCCUCCAGUCCAUCCCUUCCCUCCAUGGUGCCCGCUGGCACAUCCAGAGCUCAGCCCAGCCUGGUUGUGAAUCUCCCCCAGUGACGGGGCUCCCGUCCCUUCCCUGGCUGUCUACCCACUGCGCUGUCUGCUGGGACAGGAGGCUCUGGCCGUGACCACGGAGCUGCAGUACCCGCAGGGCAAGGAGCUAGGGCUGCUCCGGGCAGGCCCAGAGUGGCAGUGGCUGGGCACAGGGCGUAUAAAGCAGGAGGUCCCAGCUAUCUGGGGUCGGUACUUGGCCAUCUCCUCCAGCUCUGGACUGGAGACACAGGCUGGGGGGAGGUGGGGGGAGAGCUGGCAGGCUGGGGGCAGCAGGGACACUGGUUCUAUGGAAUAAAGGGAUUGUUACCCUUUUCUAUGGGUGUAGAGCCUGCAGAUCCCAAGACACCUCACUCUGAGCCCUGGGACGUGGGCUGGGGGCCAGCCAGGGAGAGGCUGCUUUGCCUGAUGAUUUUGGCCCCGUCCCUGAGGAUCUCAGCGGCUGGCAGGGCCGUUGUCAGCGCAGCCCUCGGACCCAGCCCGGCAGGGACAUAGCUUUGCAGCUUGGUGAUGGGGUUGGUGCCCAGGUCCGAGCUGGGCUCUGGGUGCAGCGACCAUUUGGAGAAGUGGCUGGGGCUGCAGGGCAUCUCUGGCUGCAUCGGGGGCCAGCGCGGCAGCCUGGGGCUCUGGGCUGAGGCCGGAGGUGUGAUGUGGCACCUGUGCAGGUCCAAGCCCGGGGAUGGGGGAGGCAGCGGGUGGGGAACCCGGGGCACUCGGAGGCAGAGCAUAAGAACAUAAGAACGGCCAGACUGGGUCAGACCAAAGGUCCAUCUAGCCCAGUAUCCUGUCUACCCACAGUGGCCAAUGCCAGGUGCCCCAGAGGGAGUGAACCUAACUGGUAAUGAUCAAGUGAUCUCUCUCCUGCCAUCCAUCUCCACCCUCUGACAGACAGAGGCUAGGGACACCCUUCCUUACCCAUCCUGACUAAUAGCCAUUAAUGGACUUAACCACAAUGAAUUUAUCUAGUUCUCUUUUAAACCCUGUUAUAGUCCUAGCCUUCACAACCUCCUCAGGCAAGGAGUUCCACAAGUUGACUGUGCACUGUGUGAAGAAGAACUUCCUUUGAUUUGUUUUAAACCUGCUGCCUAUUAAUUUCAUUUGGUGGCCCCUAGUUCUUAUAUUAUGGGAACAAGUAAAUAACUUCCUUAUUCACUUUCUCCACAGCA